AUGGUUGUAAGCGGUACUGAACCACAUUCGUCGGUGUUGAAUAAAGCGGGGGUUUUAAACGUUCCUCUCCGUGCUAAGACUCAGUCAGAUGUUAUGGAAAAAUGUGGAACUACAACUCAAAAUUGGUUUUUAGCAAUAGAAAAAGGCGAUUUAUCUCUGGUUCAAAAACUGUGGAAGGAUAUAAAUGAUAUUGAUGUUACGGAUAAUUACAUUCUAAAUAAUAUAAAGCAUGAAAAUGUAACUGGGCUUAUUGUUGGUGCCCAUUACGGUCAUAAAGAUAUUGUUAGAUGGCUUUUAAAAAACAAAGCAAAUCCUAACUGGGAAACGAAUCUUAAGUGGCGCCCAAUUCACUUUGCUGCUAAACGUGGCCACUGCGCCACUGUGGAUAUGCUCUGUUCUAGCGGAGCUGUUGUUGAUCCUGUUACAAUGAAUAAUGAAACACCCCUUUCGUUGGCUGUACAAUCCCAUAUGCGGGAUACUGUACGCAAACUUGUACACUUGGGAGCAAAAACAAGUAAAAGUAAUGAAGGUCUUUUCUACCACUACGUAUAUACUGGGAUGCUAGUAUCCGACAAUAAGGCACCAGGAUCACAUGAUUCCACCGAUUCCUUUCGUGACAAGAACUUGCAGCUACAAAAUCAGAAUGCACGAAGUAACUCAUCUAUGUUACCUGUUAUUUCUACAUCAUGCCUGGAUAGUGACCUUAAAGAUCUUUCAGUGGCAAUUUUUGAUAGUCAGAUAAUCAUGAACCAGCUUCAGUGUCAAUCAACAAGUUACGACUUGGAACUCGCUAGACGAAAGAGAGAACUUAUCAGACGCUUACCACUUCUACCAUGUAUGUCAUUGCAAUCAGCGAAUCAGUUUCUUCAACUAACUCAACGUGCUUCCCGAGCAGAUUUACCAUUAGAGAGCCGUUUGCUCGCUGUUUCUCAUUUGUUCAAUUUGCUUUCUGUCUCGUCUGUCAACGAUGCACACAACGACCUUUCAAACAAAACAUCUAAUAAUGCUUUUAAUGAGCCUUACUUACGUCUCAUUGAGGCAUGUCUAUGUGAAACCCAUUGUCCUUUGGAAUUAACUGUUGAACUAAGUAGACUAGCUGUUCAUAUGGCGAGCUUGGGAGUAAACAAACAAAUCGAUGUUAAUGGUUCUGUUGCUGGUGAUGAUUUCACGCCCAAAUCUAACACACCAUCUGGGCACGUUAUUUCUUAUAUACUAAAGUUAUUCAGAAAACUAGUUCUCAAAAGUAAUCCACAGUAUAGAUCAGGGAUUCUUGCCCAUUUAUCACGCAUCUUAUCAGAUUUGUACGCACCAUUGGGUGAUAGAAAAAGAUAUAAUAUCAGUAAUUUAUGCUCCUGGACUGAUUUGAUGCCUUUUAGUUCAAGUGUAAUUUCGAAUCUUAUACGCUUAGGAGAGUCUCUGGACCAACCACUGAAUGUACCUCGUUUUGCUCAACUUGUUGGUCUCACCGCCCGUUGUCUGAUCAGUGUUUAUACAAAAUCUAGUUCAAGUUCCUUUUCUGCCCGCUUUUCUGAUCUUGCAGAUAUCCUCGUAGGUUGGAGUGUGGAUUCGUCCGGCAAUUCAAAAGAUGUAAACAUUAAUAUUAUCUAUGAAGAACUGUACUUCGGUCUUUCACACUGGUUUCUCAUAUCUACGGAAGAAAAAAUAGAUGAAUACAAACAAACGUCAUUGCCUCUGAUUAUUAACGAAAACAUUCGGGAAAUGAUCUCUCAUCUGUUGGAGGAUAGCGAAAACUCACUUAAUACUGCUAUUUCGGAAUGCUCUAUCAUGAGUUGCAAACGGGGUACUCCAAUAUCAGGAAGCGUGAAACUAUCUUCUGACCCAAACUCUCACUUUGUUUCGGUCCAACUUUUCCUCAACGUUUUAUGUAGUAUAUUUGGAGGCAUCUGUAAACAUGCAUUCGAUUCUACUCGCCUUUGUUUCAAUGAUGUUAUAUCCGGAAAUGUUUCACAGUGGAUUGAACGUUUACUUCACAUCAUUCAGUCGACAAGUGCUUAUUACAAUUCAUUAAUAUCACAAAAACAAAGUGGUUCCUGGCAUUCAGGUCAUGGAAACGUAUCUUCACCUCGUGUACCACUCAUUGUCUUGGAUGGUAUUCAGUCUUCAGUUUUUAAGCUUUUGAACUGUUUAAUACAGUUUUCUGAUUGCUCUAAUGUUGAUAUAAUAUCAGUAGACAAUUGUGUGAUAUCCAGCGUUGAUCCUGGGAGUUUACCCAACACCGAUUGCUCCUUAUAUUCUCUACUCGAAUUGGUCUUCACUGUCAUCAAAAUAAAAUGCUCAUCUACUUCUACUUCUGUGAAUCCCUCAUCGUUACUAAUUUAUUUUGACUCACACUCUAAAUUGCACCAUUUUAAAUUCUGUUCCAAAUCUAAUGUUGAAAAAGGAAGUUCACCAAGUCAAAAAAUUUUCCGUAUGUUGUGCUAUAUGUCAUCAACAUUGCAUCUCCAGAGUGCUGUAUGUGAGUUAGCAUUUUCUGAUCUUCAGCUGGCUAUAGGUUCACAGAAACAGUCAGAUUCAUCUUGUAGUCAUAAAGCUGAAAUCCUAGGAUUAUUUAGUUUAUCUUUGCUUACUGAAGUUAUGAAAAGUAUGUCUUGUGAACUUAAAAAUAAGUUGCUUUACCGUGUAUAUGAAAUCAUUCAACCAAAUUGUUUUGAGAACUGGCAUUAUUUUUCACCUCGUCUUAGAAUAGUCCUCUUGUCGUUCAUGAACAAUUCCUCACUUAUUAAAAGGUCUCAACCAGUCUAUAUUCGCUAUAUGAUUACUGGUUUUCUUUCUGUGAAGAGUAUUUCCAGUAUCGAAUGUUGUGUUCUUUUAAACUUGACCGAUUUGUUUUUAUCCGAAGGUGUUCUGAAUUCUGAUGAUCAACUGUCUUUAAUUUUUAAUCUCAUAACUCUUUCAAAAUGCAUGCUAAUCACACAAAUAGUUCUGGACUCAACUCACAAUAAUGUUUUCACCUUCAUUGUGAAUGUCCUCAUGAAACACACCCUUCCUCAUAUUGAAAAGGGGAAUGCAAUUCUUGCCUCUCAUCUUUUACAUUUAUCUCAAAUAUCAUUAUCUUACCCAUGCCCACAAGUUCAAAAGGCUGGCAAUGAUCUCUUACUGUUAGUUGGAUCAUUUUCUUUCUCUAAAGUGGAAUUUCCAGCAUCUUGUUUGUAUUCGGAAUUGCUUUGGUUCACCACUCGCCGACCGGACCAAUCAGCCACAGCAUUAUUACCAGUAUCUAAUAUAAACGAUUCCGAUGGUAGUCAGAACAAUCUAAUAACUAUGACUACUGCUUUCCCUAGUCUGCCAGCUGUUGCGGGUAUUUUGGGUAUUUUGACACGGGGAGCUCCAUACACGCAAAAAGUAGAGAGCAGUCGACUAAAGAUUUUAAAGAGUCCUAUUGAUUGGAUACGACGUUUAUCAUACUUAGUUUCUCCACUUCCAUCGGAUAAAAAGUAUGAUUUUUCGUUGCUACAGUGCACUAGUUUCAUUCAACCUGUUCUGUGGCACACUGCAUGGGCAAUGGUUGAUUACAAGUUAAAAGUAGCCCCUUGGGCUAACCCACUGAAAACAUUUUUCUCUCUUGAGGGAACUUUAAGAGCGAUUAUCCAGCCAGUUUAUUCCAACGAUUCUUCUAACAACAAUCAAUCCUCAAUCAUUUCAUUCCAUAUGGCAUCUUCAGAGGCUUUCUCUCACCAAAAGAAGAACCGACAUUUAAGCCAGAUUCAAUUACUUUUGAAUUUUCUAAAUUACCUUGAACGUGUUAUUUUCAAUGCAACCAACGGUUUUGCGAUUGCACUUUCCCAUCCAUCGACAUCUGCUUCUAUAUUUUUCACCGCAAAUGAAAACACUUGUACACAGUGGUUUAAUCGUAUUAGAACACUUCUUGUUCGUAUCUCAAGUGACUUGCCGUUAGUGUCCUGUGGUGGCAUGGGACCAGCUAAUGAAGUUUUAUCGACAACUAUUUAUCAUGCAUACAACUUACUCAAAAUUAUUUCAAAUUACAACAACCCAAGUGUUCAAGAUAUUUGGAUCAGCACCUUAAAACAAUACGGUGACCCUAUAGAUUUAUUUAUUUAUCUAUCCAAUGCACUUCAUCACUUAGGCGCAUGGGAAGAAUUGAAAGCAUUAGCACAGUGGACGGAUGAUCUUUUCACGGCAGAAAAAAACCCGUUUUCAUGGCUUCAUGGUAUAUCUUCUCUAGCUCGUGGUCGUUGGGAUCAAGGUAUUCUACAAUUAACCAGUUUUGUUGAUUCGAACUUGCCAAAAAGCAGUGCUUUAAAUCCAGAAAACGUAAUUACCAAUGAAACUGAUAAAUGCUCCAUUCAAACAUCUACAGCGUAUAUCGUAAAUGUCCUUCUUCAAAUGUACCUUUCUGAAGGUAACUAUACUUGUGCGCAUAAACUCCGGAACCGUAUAACAUCGUGUGUCAAAAUGAAAUCUUUAAAGGAAAGUUCAACAUUUCAACUUAAUUCAGCACGCCUCGACUGCUUGAGUAAAUUAUCUGAAUGGGUUUCUGAAAAUGUAGUUGAAGAUAAUCUCAUUCCAAGUUCUUCUGAACUAUGGUCCCAGAGCUCCAUUCAAAAGCAACUAGACAGUCUACUGGUAAAUGCUGCUUGCGUAAAACAUGAUAGUUAUGGCAAUACAGAGGACAAGUUGUUGGUAAAAUGUUUUUUGGAGCUAACGACGAUUAUAAGACAGAAGUCAGCAAGUGCAAACUUCCUUCUACCUUUGAAUAUGUUUGCAGAUUUUUACUCUCAACCAAAUUAUGUUCUGGAUGAUGGUUUGCAAGAUUACAUGAUUAAAGCGCAACUUAUACUUAGUGAACGAACAUGUACUAUGUAUGGAUCAUCAAGUCCCAUAAACUACUCUACUUGGGUACACCUCAUUUCUUCCAAUAUGAAAGCCCAUUCUGUCGCUGAACUUUCAGCUUGCCAAUGGGCAUGUUUAAAUAAUUGUCCAUAUCUUGCUCGGCGUUUGCUUGUUAAAACAGCGAAAUGUCUCACACUUCUUGAUACUUCAGUGGAUAAAGAAGCAACAUAUUUCGAUAAGCUUUGCAACGUCGCUUUAUCUUCCUCGGAUGAUGUACUAUCCAAAUUAUCUCAAUUGGAUACUUUAAAGUUCUAUAACUGUAUGGCCAGAAUUCUGUGGUUGUUUGGGAGUGGGAACGACGAACAAGAAUUAAUUAAUAAGACAAAAGCGAUAGCAGUGUUAACUUCUGGUCUGAGAUUGGGAUUAAUGAAAAAAUACAGUUGUGAUACAAUUGAAACUUCAUCUAAAUGUAAUUUGGAAGCUGAAAUGGCUCUAAGCCUUUUCGAUUGGCUAGAAUCACCUACAAAUACUAACGACAUUUCAAUGGCAGAAGAAAUAUAUCUUAGUUUUAUAAGCUCAGACGAACCAGGAGAAAAGUCUGAGGAAUUUUUACGUAUUGCCUCAGACCUUGAAUUGUUCAGUUGCUUGUCUGAUGUAUCCUGGUGUAACGGUAUACCAGAUAUUACUGAACCCCUUCAAUCUACCAAUUCAUUCCUCGGUUCUUCAACUUCAUGGACUAAUCGUUUACUAAUGAUGGCCACACAUUUAUCUUCAAAUGGUUCAUCUGCAUCUGUUUGGCUGAAAUUGGCCAACUGGUGCUAUUUGCGUGGAAUAAAGAGAUCCAUGAAUUCCAUACAACCACAAGAGUAUACAUCACUAACUAUAUUGGUUAAAAAACUGUUUUCUUUAGAAAACUCAACUGAUGAUAGUAAAGACGUUGAUUUCCUUAUAACUGCUCUAAUCAGUGCUCUGACAACCUUUUUGGCAACUGAUCGUUGUGAUGAAGAUGACUCAGAACUAUUCAAACAUCAUUCUGACUUACCAGUUCAUCUCCAUCAGUUCUCUUCUCAGUGUCCUGACGAUCAAAUAGAUUCUCAAAUGCAGCAGAAAUUUUUUUCGCACUUACGGAAUAUUAUCCCUUCUUUGAAAAAUCCAAGUCUAUCAAACGAUUUAGUACAACUUUUGCAUCAAUUAUUAGUCUCGAUUACUGAACGUCAACAUACUCUACAUAUGUCUGCAGCUCAAGCAUAUGCUACAUUUCUCACUAUAGCAGACCAAUCUAGAGGAUCAGGAAAUUCUAUCUUCUAUAAACCAGUUACUAAAUUAGACAUUACAACAACAACUUUGAAAUUCUUAGAUCUGCUGUGCUCACCAUCUCGGAAACUCCGUAGUAUGAUCUCAGGUUUCCUUGAUCAGGCAAGUCCAGUACUAUCUGAGUUUAAUCAUCAGCGUAUAAAUGUACAAUCGGAUAAACUACAACAUGGAAUUGGAUCUAAAUCUAGUCCAACAUUAGGCGGUCCAUCGAUUUGGGAAGCUUGUUUACCACAAGUUUUAGUUCGAUUGGGUUUGCCAGAUGAUAUGAUACGCAACUGCUUAGUUGCACUAUUGAAUCGACUUAUUUAUGUUGGUACUGACAAUAAUGUCAACUUCAAAUGGAAUUCACCAUCUUUCCGUCUAGCAACUCAACUUGUGUUUCCAGCUGUUGUAGCUGCUUGUGAUCCUGUUAAUCCAGACAAAAAUGUUACAGACAUUCAACGUAAAGAGAAUCCUGCUGACACAGCAGAUAAUCUUGAUCUCACGAUUUCUACGAACGCAACAAUUUUGGAAUCAGACUCAAAGCUAAAUCCGUCUCACUCGUUUUCAAAAAUCGUUAUUGCUUUGAGAAAUACAGGUUUUAGCGAUCUCGUUCAUGAAGUGGAAAUUUUCACUUAUGAACUACAACGUAUCACUGUUUUAUGGGAAGAAUUAUGGCUUGGUUCGUUGGUACAACAUCUAGAUGAAUUAUCCAAAAAGAUAAAUCUCUUAGAAUCAGAACUAAAACGGACUGAAAAAAUAGAUGUAUCCCAAACUGUUGAGACCUCUAAGGCUUUAUCAAAGCGCAUUUUAAGUAAACACUCAAUAAUUGAAAAAGAAAACAACUCUUUAUUGUCGCAUGACGUAAUUACAAAUGAUACGGAUUUCACAUCAGUGGAAACUAUUGAGGAUGAUUUAUUGGGAUCCAAAAACUUGACAGAGUCAAUUGAUUUAGCAAAAUACCUUGCUGCACUACAACCAACUCUUGAUUUAUUAUCACAGCUAUACUCUUUAACUAUCCUUGUUAAACCUGAAACUCCACAUGAAGAAUGGUUUCAAAGGACAUUCGGGCAGGUUAUUGAUGAACUUCAAGAAUCGCUAUUGCAUCCUAUGGAUCUUAGAGAUGUGAAAGAACCUGUUUCCCUUAUCCGUCAACUUAUUCAUCAGUUACAAACAACCCACCAAUCAACAUCUUUUUCUCAAGUUCCUGCUGUUUCUCGAGUGGGAGCUGCUCCUGAUAUUGAUGCUCGACAGUCUAUAAAUAAUGUAUCCUACCUAAAUCUACGGCAACUCAGUCCUCGGCUUUGUUCAAUACAGUUUGAAAAUGAUCAUUCAGUUAGUUCUACAGGAUCUUUCACCUGUGGAAUCCCCUUACCGGGACAUCUCGGCAUAGGAGCCUCUUACUUAGGUAGCCGUAUCACUGUCCUGCCAACAAAAACUCGACCGAAGCGUCUUUUACUCAGAGCACAAAAUGGUCGUUCUUAUCCUUACCUUUUAAAAGGUUUAGAAGAUUUACGUCUUGAUGACCGUAUUAUGCAUUUGUUCGAGCUUACAAAUAUCGCUGCAGUUGAACUGUCGUCGAAUAACUUUAGAUAUUUCGAAAAUACUUUUGCCCGAACAUAUUCUGUUACUCCUCUAGGAGUUCGGUCUGGUCUUCUGCAAAUGGUACAGGGUGCUGUCCCUCUUUUCAGUCUGUAUAAAAAGUGGCAACUCAGAAAUUAUAAACUCUCUUCUAGUAAUGGCUAUGUAUCGUCUACAUCUGUAAUUCCAAGACCUGGAGAACUGUUCCAUGCUCGCCUUAAAGAGUUUCUACAUGCUGCUGGUCACCAUUAUCAGUCUCAGUCUCGUUCUAAUUGGCCUCUGGAGAUACUACGCGAAGUAUUAAUAUCUUUGGAAGCGGAAACACCUUCAGACUUAUUAACUCGUGAGUUGUGGGCUUCAAAUCCCUCAUGCGCUAGUUGGUGGAGGGUUACACGUACAUUUGCUAAGUCAGCUGGUUUGCUCAGCAGCUUGGGAUAUUUAGUUGGUCUUGGCGAUCGACAUCUUGAUAACCUCCUCAUAGACCUAUCGACCGGGCACAUUGUUCACAUAGAUUAUAAUGUUUGUUUUGAUAAAGGGAAAAGCCUGAGAGUUGCAGAAAGAGUUCCGUUCCGAUUAACAAGGAUAUUAAGGCACGCACUUGGACCUGCGUGUCAAGAUACAUUAGUACGUGGGACAUUCCGGUUUACUGCAGAAAGUGGGUUACAAGCAGCACGUCAUAUAGUUGACCCUAUUUUAAUACAACUCAAAGCUUUUUUAAUCGAUCCUUUAGUGGAUUGGCAACAAAAAAAGCAUCCAACAUCCAGUUCUCAAAUUGUGACUGACUUCAUUCAUUUAGCUGCUUUUCACGGCGGUGGUAGCACAAAUUCUUGUAAUUAUCAAACAGUAUCAACAUAUCGACGUUUGCGCCGUGUUGAUUCAGAACUUCGAAUGUAUUCAGGUCUUUUAACAGUAAGACUUGUUGAGUUAGUUCAAAGUACUUGCUUGGACUCAUUAUUUUCGUCUUUGGACGUAGUUGUUUCACGUUUAAAUGUUUGGACAGAAUUAAAGAAAGCUCGUCAGCAUGCCUCGUUUAUAAAAACUCGUUAUUUGACUUUAAUAGCUGCUACUCACGAUGAUCUGUCGUCUUCCGAGUACCGUUGUCAACAAGUAGAAAAAGCUAAGCAAAGAAUAGAAGAUCUACAUGGAGAAUUUUCAAAACAGAAUAAAAUAUGGAUAGACGAGAUCCUAUCGCACUUCCAAAAUUAUAGAUCACUUGUUGAUUCCACCUGGUUAUCAUCCUUAAUUGCGUCUAAUGAGGAUGUAAAUUCAGCUCUGUGUGUCACCUUAUCUAACUACUACACAAUUGCUAGAAUCUAUAUAACAAGCUCAGAAUUUAUUGAUUCAUUGGCUCAUUGGAUUGAUCAACUAAAAUAUUUUCAUUCACAAAUGGAUUUGUCAAUGAAAUCGAACAAUAUUGGUUCACUGAUGAAUUUAAUUUCAUCUGAUAUUCCGCUAUAUACUUCCAAUUUCGAUUUAAAACUGUCUAAUGUACUGGAGCUAGCAGCCGAGAAAAGUUUCAAUCAUUUAUGUGAAUUACGUCGAAUUAAAGAAGAAAACGUGAAUUCGCUUUCGGAUUACGCAAAUACCGAAAGCGCCAUCCUUCAUGAAAUCAAUAAUUUGAAUUUGUUUGUAUUUGACCAAGGAGCCGCUGGUGUAACCGCUUAUUGCUGGGCCUUAUUUGAUUAUGUUUUAAGCGUUUCUAUCAACUCUCUCGCUAUUGAGAUUGAUUUUAAAGAGUGGAAUUUGAAUAAUGGUAACUGUCAAACUGAUACAACUCAUAUUAAGAGUCUUCCCCUGGAUCAGCUUGGGACAUGUACAGACUGCUUAGUAAACUUGUUUAGUGUUCUUCGUCACCAGUCUACAGGUGUUUGGAAUCUUAAUGCUGGCUACGAGGCAGAUGUUAGAAGAGAACUAGCAUUCCUCAUAGCUGUGAAGGAUUCUGUUCGUUGUAUUAGUCAGCUGCGCUCUAAUUUAAUAAGACUUCUGGUCCCCGAAGCUAUAGAAUCCCUUAUAACAGCUAAUGUAUCUAUGGUUGAGAAUUUUUCCAGAUUUGUAGUACAUCACAUGGCCAAACCAAAUACCACCAAUCUUAGACAGCUUGUAGAUAAUUUCCUCCUAAAGGAUUUCAUCAUAGAAAACCAGGGAGAUGCACAACUCCAUCACGUUCUUGUUGCUGUUCACCUUGCUCUCACCAAUACAACAUCUCAGUUAGAGGAGAUUGCUAUACGAAUUAGCUCAUGCACCAUAACAGCUUUAGCGUGGUACUAUGUCGAUAUCAUUUCUCAAGUCACUACUGUACUAAUGUCGAAAAGUUCGAAUUGCUCCGAAGGUGCGGCUUCAUUAUGGAGAUGGGAGCCUAAUUUAUCGAGUAGUAUUUCGGAUAAUAUUGCAUCUUGUACAUGGACUGAUGAAGUUUACAAUGCUGGAAUUAUGGCUUUUAUUUCUGUACUGGAGGAUGGGUUGACUCACUGGCAGAUAAUUCACCAUGGUUACACCGAUAAGAUUUUAGAUUUAACCCCUAAAUUAUUUAUUGAUCCCAUAGAUAACUUUAUUGGUCGUUUGUCCUCACGUCUUUCACUAGCAAGCUUAGUUGGAUUAGCAUCGAGUCGUCUAUUUUGUGUACUUGUUGAAAAUACCGGAUUAUCAAUUCAUAGACUUUUGGUUGAAGGUGAACUCUCCGCUAAAGCAUCAGGAUCGGUUAGUGUUGUAAGUCUAUCUGCUGAGAAAAUUGUCGAAAGUGUAAAUGUUCAAAUCUCAAUGACACAGCCUGUUAGUGUGCAGCAUCUUAGGACACCUGCAUGUAAUCUUAUUCAUCGACUAGUUACCCGUUCAAGUCAACUAAGUCAAUGUUCGGAAGAGACAUUUGAAAUUGAGGCUGCUGAACAGCAUUAUAAACAUCUUAUUCUAAGCCUGUCUGCCUAUAACUGGAUGCAUACAAUUGAGAUCGACAAAACGUCACAACUUUUCAAACAAGAUCCAUGUAUUUGCUUAACAAAUGCCCUCAAUUCAAUCAAAGAUGCUGCUGAAUUAGGAUCUGCUUCUGGCGAAAAUAUGUCGGAGAUUUCAGCAAACGCUAUUGCCCGGUCAAUCUAUUACGUUGAAACCUUAAGAUCAAGCGGUCUAUCGUCCUCUUCAUCGUUCUCACGGUGUGUAAAUAUAAUCAAUGAACUGGAAAAGGCAAUAAAACAUAAAGAAAAACUAAUAUCAGAGUUCACUGAGUUGGAUCGGAUAAUUUAUUCAGUAAAGGACACUUACGGUAUGAAGUGGCCGAUUCACGAUUGGUUUCAAUCAUCAUCUGAUAGACAUUCAGAUGAACUUGUCAAAAGCAACUUACUUGAACUUGUUAAAAGCGAUCUUACUUCUGCGGAGUUAGCAGUCAACAAACUUCAUCAACGCCUUUUAUUUAUAAAGGAAGAGUUCAAUGAGAUGGACUUAAAAUCGGAGCCGUUAAACGAUGUUAACUUUAAUCGAUCAUCAUCACCGCCCACUGUUUCAUUAUCCUUAUGUUCUUCUGAGGCAUCUACUAACGCUAAGCAACCUACAAUGAUAGCAUCACUACGAUUUCAGCUCAGUACAUUACAAAAAGAAAAAUUGUCUGAUAUUCGACAGAUCGUAAAAAUUCUCAGCCGUUAUGAUUCUGUUCGACUCAAUUUACUACGUUCCGAUCAGAUGUCGCUCAGUGAAACAUGUACUACAUCUAUCUGGAGCGCUUGGUUAGACGGACAUCAAAAUUGGACUACUAUCGUUUUAAGUGUUCUAAAAAGAUUAACCAAAUUUAUUAGUUCGUUCUCACCUUCAGUCAGAAGAUCUACUUCUUCGGAACCAUGUGAACCUUGUGAAACAAUAGAUGAAACUGAAUUUGCAACUUCUCUCAAUAAAGAUUGUUUACUUGUUAAAUGUAAGCUUGUGGAAGAACUGAUCAAACCUCUGUUAAAUGGAAUUUAUGAAAAUGUUUCCUCUAAUCCACAUCUAUAUCAUUCUCUAGAAGGUUUCCUGGAUAUGCUCAAUGAACACUACAGAAAUAUCAAAGAGAUUAUGUUUAUUCAAAUGAAGGAGUCGGAGGUAGAAAUCAUUGAACCUAAACCAACACCGAAGGUUGAAAAGGUUAUACUUUCAGGAAGAUCUCUAAACAUGGCGGCUUUGUCUGUUUGGAAUCGUAUCUACAAUCGUUUGCAUGGAUUUGAUUCGUUUUUACCUACUGCUAACACGGAUCAGUCAAUGUCCAUCAGUGCUCAAAUAGAUGCUUGCAUUCACGAAGCCACUAAUGUUGAUAAUCUUGCUCUCAUGUAUGAAGGAUGGACGGCAUGGGUAUGA